AUGCUAAAUCAAAACAUAAUUCGUCCCUCUGUUUCGCCUUGGAGCGCCCCUGUAUGGGUAGUCCCGAAAAAAUUAGACGCUUCUGGCAAAAGAAAGUGGAGAAUAGUCAUUGACUAUCGCCGUCUUAAUGAUAUCACAGUUUCCGAAAGUUAUCCCCUGCCUCUUAUCACUGAUAUCCUAGACCAAUUAGGCCAUUCCAAGUAUUUCACAACCCUUGAUCUUGCUAGCGGUUUCCACCAAAUAAAGAUGGAUCCUAAAGAUGCCCCAAAAACGGGAUUUACUAUAAGUACUAAUUCGAGCAUGUCUGGUUACUAUGAAUUCACUAGAAUGCCCUUUGGUUUAAAAAACGCUCCUUCUACCUUACAGCGCCUGAUGAAUACUGUCUUGUCUGGUUUGCAAGGUCUACACUGUUAUGUUUAUCUAGAUGAUUGCAUAAUUUAUAGUCAUCAUUUAAAUGAACAUAUGGAAAAAUUAAAACUAGUAUUCAAUAAGCUGCGCGAAUACAAUCUAAAAUUGCAACCAGAUAAGUGCGAAUUUUUAAGACGUGAAGUAACUUAUCUUGGUCAUAUUAUCACCGAUAAGGAUGUCUCUCCUAAUCCAUAA